AUGUCAUCAUCAUCAUCAUCUGAUGAUGUCGACGAAAGAUUGGAUGAUAUUAUCGACCAAAUCGUCGAAGAUACAUACAAUGAUAUUGUGGAGCCCCAACCAAAUAAUCGACGGAGACGUGCUUAUGUAGAACGAUAUCGUGAAGGAGGCCAUAACCGUUUAUGGAAUGACUACUUCAGCGUAGACGCGACAUACUCGGCACAGUUCAGACGGCGUUUUCGCAUGAAUAAGGAUUUAUUCAUGCGUAUUGUCUAUGAACUCUCAGAGAACAUUCCGUUCUUUCAACAUAGACAAGAUGCAACCGGGAGGUUUGGUCAUACACCGCUUCAAAAAUGUACGGCAACAAUUCGUCAGCUUGCUUAUGGUUCUGCAGCUGAUGCGGUUGACGAGUAUCUCCGAAUUGGUGAGAGCACUGCACUUUUGUGUUUACAUAAGUUCACUGAUGGAAUCAUCCGGUUGUUUGGAGAUGAGUAUCUACGAAGACCCACACCGGCGGAUCUUCGACGACUUCUCGAUAUUGGAGAGACACGCGGCUAA